CACAGGUUUCCAAGGUGAAACAAUAUGGCGGGCUUUGAAAGUGUUUUUGAACAAAAUCAACACAAAAACAGAGAUAAAAUAUCUCAAAGAGCUGUCGACUCUUCCAUCAAAUACUAAAGAUUUAAAACUAAAUAUCAUUUCUAGAUAAUUAGACGUUAUUCAAAUCGUGGAGUAUUGGAUUUUUUUGCGCAUAAAUGUCCCAACAAGAAGGUCAAUCACGAAGACGACGAUCACCACGAGUCUCUUCGUCGAGUUCAAGGUCAAACGAAAGCCUUCAUAGCGUCAAAGGRAAUGGGAACGAAGCUAAUAAAACCUCUUCUAAAGAUGGAUCUGGAAGGAAAGGAAAUUUUUCAAAGAAGGGAGUUCAUAGAACUAACAGUCAGGAUCAAGUAAGAAAACUUGUAGAGAAAGAAGGAAGAACAGCGAGGAACCUGGUCACAUGGUCAGUACCUGUCAAUAAUGAACUUGAUGAAGACAGGUCCAAAAGAACCAAACCCAAACUGAUGUCCAGGAARCGGCAACCUACACCAGAAAAAUCUGGAUCAUCAGAGCGUGAUUCCUCACCAGCRCACAAGAAUGGUUCCAAGUCACCAAACAGAGGUCGGUCUGGYCGCAAGACRUCUCAGUCAUCAACAGGAAAGAAGAGCGACCUGCGAGCACGAUACUGGAGUUAUCUGUUUGAUAAUUUGAAGAGAGCUGUGGAUGAGAUUUACAGUACUUGUGAAACUGAUGAAAGCACUGUAGAAUGUGAGGAGGUGAUCAUGAUGCUGGACCAGUGUCGGCGUGAUUUUGCUGCAUUGAUAGAGAGAAUCUGUGURCAAGAUGCAUUUGAGAAAGCAGACUACAAGGACAGACCAACAUCAUUAGCGUGGGAAGUACGCAAAUCUUCGCCAGGAAAAUCACUAGUCACCAGCCCUUGCACUGUCCAAAUGGAACGAAACAUCCAAAGCCCAGUGAGGAGCCUGGACUUCAGCAACACUCGAACCACAUCAACGACUAUUGCUCCAAAGCCAACCGUCCCCACCCAAUCYCAUGCYGUUAUUCAAAACGGGCCUUCAUGGGCCGAUCGGGUUAAGGGGACCCCYUCUGUAGUGACCAGUACGACCAAAAUUGUGCCGUCUAGUACGACUGCCUUUACUAUGAACCAAGUAUUGCAGGACAACAGCCGAAAUGCCUGUGUGAGUCCAGAUAUAGGAGAUGGUACAGACGAGGAGGGCUGGGAAACAGUCCGACAUGGRAAGAAACACACCCUUCAAGGUAACCAUGGUGACGCGAGAAACAACAGAAUKAAAAAACAGAAUUCUCAUGAUAAAUCACCCCAGAGUAACUAUGGCCACUUACGAGCCAAUCAGAGAUCUCAGGAUGGAGAAGGUAUAAAAAGUCCACAAAGUUACCAUGGUGAAACAAGAGCCAAUCACAGCCAAGCGAAAAUCUCGCCGCGGGAAACUGGACAGUCUAAUGGUUUAGCAAAUGGAGUUACUCUCAAUGGAGAUGUGCACUGGAAAGUUAACCCUAAUUUACUCUCUCCUCCAAGCAAUCGUAAAAUCUCACUCACAUCUGAUGAAGAUGAAGAUCUUGCACUCCCCUUGGACGACAGCGAUGCUGAGAAGGAAAUGAAGCUGGAAGCAGAGCAUGAAAAAGCAAUGUCGGACGCCAUUGAGGAAGAAGAAACUCUGUCYAAAGAGAUAGAGCAGUGGCAAGAGCAAGCACUUGCAUCAGCUAUUGAACACGAACAGAGUUUGAACAGAGAGAUUGCAACGGAGGAAGCGUUUGUUACAGCGCUUAACGGAGAUGUUGAGACACCCACUUCUGAAYUAGAGACUGAGACRGAGGGAGAAGGGGAUGGCAACAGUGCAGGCACUGCAGAGACAUCACUUGAAGACUCUGGAAAGGCGAUAACGUGGGACGAAAUGGUAGCCAACUAUGAAUCUAAGAGAGAAUCUGGUGAUAACUUGAGUUGGGGUGAUACAGUUGAAUGUUCUGAAGAAAGACCACCAGGAAGAGCUGUAGCGAUGCACCAAAAACUAUCAGCACCAACAAGAAAAAGACCAUUGGCCGAAAAAAUACGUAUUCACGAGGAGAAACAGUUCAAAGCUCGUCAACAAAGGGAAAGACUUUUAGAAGAACGACUCCAAAAGCUGCAAAGUUUGUCAGAGUGAACGAAAUUGCAUUCAUCAAUACACUAGAAGCUCAGAAUAAAAAGAUGGAGGUSAUGUCAAGGAUACAGGAGCACGCCGCGCGUCUACAAGAUCUACAAGAAGAAAAGAAGAGAAAGAAACGAGAAGAGCAACAAGCUAAAGAGACCGCUGCGCAGGAAAGACGUCGUCAGCUAGAAGCCGAUCGACUUGCAAGACUAGAAGAGGUCCAACAACGUAAACUUGAGCAGGAAGCCAAAUAUAAGAAAGAAAAAAUGGAAAAAGAAAGAGCAAGAGAAGAAGCGGCAAGAGAAAAAGCCAGGUCUGUUGAAAUGCGUAUUGCUGCCAAGAAAGAAGCUCUACAGACUGCGACAGAGCAAUUACAGAUGAAAAUAAAACAAAAGGACGUAAUGUCAUUACAAUGUAUUAAAGAAAUGUCCAAAGACCAAGCAGAACAGCAAGAAAAAGCUAACCUUGAACGAAGGAAAGCUUUGAAGAAGAGAGCUAAAAAACUAAGGACUCGWAUGGCAGCUAAGGGAAGAGAGUACGAGAGCACAUUAUCAAGCACAGCACCACCAAAGCAAGACUCUGCAAAACGUGCCAGGUUACAAAAGAUAGUCAAAGACAUCAAYCGAUAUCUUCAAGUUCAGGGCUCAGGCCCUUGGCCGUCAAACCGUGUGACGUCAUUAGACCGGUCGGUGGGCGAACUCAUGAGAAUAGUUGAAGAUGCAACCGAUAAGCUAACGUUCUGUAAUCUUGGUGGAUUAUCUGCCUUGGCUAGAGUUUUAUUAGUCAUUGAUGUAACUGAUUCUAAAACAACUUCUACACCUAUCAUACCUGAUCGUGUUCUUUGUCACGUGGUCCAAGCCUCUACAUUGAUAUGCAGCGAGUGUCACGAGACGAGUCAGUACAUGGUUUUCACAAACAAGUUGGCCUCUGUAGUAGAUCUACUGGCUUAYCAGCUUAGGAUCUUUUGUUCUGAUGUCACAACAAACCAAGCAUUAAGGAAAUCAUCCGAAUCUAAGGAUACCCCAUCUCGUUGCCAAGGAGACCCCUUGRUAUCUGCACUGUUUAGUAUCUUAGCAACCGUCAUCCAAUCGCUUGUCAUUCCYCACAAAGACGAAAAAGCCUCGUCGACUGCAUUACAGAGAAAUAUUGAUCUUAUAAGUUAUAUCGUGUGUUCUGAUUUGAUUGAUGAUAUUCGAGUUUACCUGACGUCUAUACAAGAACCGUUUGGUGAAGACRCCGUAAUGGUGGAUAUGGUUUACAAUUGUAUGAAGCUAGUCUCAUCUAUACCGCGGUUUCUAGGGUCUAGAAGUGGUAACGUCUUUGAAGCCAAAAGAGAAGACACCACCCAGUUUGUCAUCACAUUCCAGCAAACAGAACUUGUUGGGAUAAUUUCAACCUUAUAUACAAUGAUAUUGUCCGAUGGACAGGCGCGACAUUUUUCUCCCCCGCCUCCCCUCCCUGAGUACCAAAUCAAAGUCGCCAUCGAAGGUCUUCGGGCGUUGAAUAACAUGGCUUGUGUUGACCUCAAGGCUUUACAGAGUUCUCUUGGAAGUGAGGGAGUUUCCCUGGAGUUUCGUCACAUAGUCAGCUAUUUACUCUGGAUAUGUGGAGAAGGAGCACCUGAAGACCUUUUACACGAAGUAAUUCUAAUUGUCGGUUAUUUUACUGUGUUGAAUCAGGAAAAUCAGGUAUUUAUUCAGUCUGGUCGUAAUCCAACUCUUCUGCAGCAGUUAUGUGGUCUACCAUUCCAGUACUUCAGUGAYCCAAGGUUAAGGAGUAUUUUGUUCCCAACUCUCAUUGCUUCGUGUUAUGAGAACGAAGAAAACAAAGCUAUUAUCGAACAAGAAGUGAGCUGUGCCCUUCUCGAGAACUUUAUCCAGGACAAAAUGUUGGAUAGUCCACCAGAUCACAGCCACACUACCAAAUCAAUGCAAGAAGGAGUUGUUCCAGAUCGUUUUAUCUUGGAGCGAAGAUUCCCAAAGUCGACUUGGACAAAAGCGACCGAGUUCCUCGUCGCUGUACCAUUAAAUAAUUAAACGCUAUAUUAGAAAAUUGACUCAAAAAUUCUCAUGAACUGGGAAUUGUGGGACGAKCUGGGUAUCGUUGUAUAUAUGUACGCAAUAGCUAUAUCUCUGGAUGCUGUAAAGAAUUUUGUUAUUUAUAUAUAUUAAAGAUUUUUGUCUAAAUAUUUUAUAUUUAUAUAGCACAUUUUGUGUGGAAAUGCACAAUCUAAACUACACUCGGUGAUUAAAAACAGAGUUUUGACGAUUUGUCAAA